CAGUAUUCAACGUUGUAUUUAUUGGUAAAUUAGUUUAAAUUGCGUAAUACGUCGAGUAUGUAUCGGUGUAUCACCUACCAAGCUACUCGAUUUAUUUUGUCGUGGGCGCAGUCAUCAAUCGUUAUAAUAUAGCUGCCGAGGUAUACUACUAGAAAUAAUACUAUAAUAACGAUCAUGCUCUACACCAAAUCAAAAUGUAUAGAUCGACGAAAAAAAAAUACGAAAUACUGCACUCACAUAUCCAUGCCUAUGGUCCGCAGGAGCUGAAGCAACGACUUGGGCCCGUGUUUCGCGUUGUGUUUGCUCUUCUUGAGCCCCUUUGCUUCCGUUCACCUACGGUUGGACAAUUAUUGUUGUAAAUUUCGUUCGGGACUGUUAUCACGACGAUCGUGUGUGGUCGUCCGUGACGAAAGACGAUGCCGAAAUGUUGAAUGGUUUGCAAAAUUUGAUCGGACGGCACCGGCUCCCUCAGGCCUCGACCGUGCUCACGAAUUAUUUGCGACAAACUAACGAGCCACCGUGGACGUCAUUUUUCGUUAAAUACACUUCGGUGAUCGACAACCAAAGGGGCCGGUCGCACUUCAAUUGGAAAACUGGCGACUCAAACUAUCACAUUUUACGUUCCGGCUGUUUCCCAUACAUAAAGUACCAUUGCACCAAAAGGCCGUACGAAGACCUGCGAGUAGAGGACCGAUUGUUUAAUAUUUUAAAGAUCGUCAAUCUGGGAAUACCAUUGCUUUUGUAUGGUGUAUCUGCUGUUUUUAUGAUUUCAUAUAAAGAAAUAGUGAAGACACCCGAAGGAGAUGUUAAUGUUUAUUUUCUUUUAAAAGAAGAUAAGGGUUCAACACAUUAAAACAAUUUCAAUAUAGAUAGUAUGUUUUAGACAAAACUGAAAUGAAUGUUGUAACUUUCUAAA